AUGAAAAUUCGCAAGAUCGCUUUCACCGGCUCUACCCUCACUGGUCAUGCCAUCUUGAAAGCAUUGGCAGAGAGUAGCCUUAAAAAAGUCUCUCUCUCGCUCGGCGGAAAGAGCCCAACAAUCAUAUUCGGCGAUGCCAACCUCGAAGAGACAGCGACAUGGGCUGCAAUUGGAAUCACUGCGGGCGAAGGAGACAUUUGCACCGCCGGCUCGCAAAUUCACGUCCAGGAUACCGUCUACGGGAGGUCUCUGGAGGCUUUCUCCAAUCGAUACAAAAGCCUUGCGCCCAGUGAUACCAUGGCUCUGGGAACCAACAAAGGAUCUUUCAUUAGCGACCAGAAGCAAAUUGGAAAUAGCAAUGCCAUCGAGACCGCAGCCUUCUUUGACGUGCCCGAAGAUUCGGCUAUUAUGAAAGAAGAAAUUUUCGGACCAGUCGCGUCUAUCGCCAAAUUCCGUGAAGAAGAAGAAGAAGAAAAAGAAGAAGAAGAAGAAGAAGAAAGCAUUCAAAAAGCCAACAAUACCGAGUACGGCUCAUCCGCCGCCAUUUCCAUACAGGGUCUUGUUCGUGCGCAUCGAUUUGUGGACCGCUUAGACAGUGGCCAGGUUACUAUCAAUGCAUGGAGCUUGUUGAUUGCUAAUUUGCCGUUUGGAGGAACCAAACAGAGUGGUUUUGGUAGAGAUGACGGGUUGUAG